CAGAAGGCCUUGCUUAAAAUCUCAUCUUGCUGAUAUUUUCAUUUGUUUUUUUUCAUCUGAACUAUAAUAUAAAUUCCAAAUUCAUAAAACUCACUAUAAUUUCUGCCUUUUCAGUUGCUCAUCACCAUGCAAAAAACAAUGUCCCACAGAUGCUUUCAGUGCCAUUUAAGGACUAUUUCCAUCCGUUCUUAUGGUGACUGCAAAAGUGGCGGCGACAAAAGCAUUAAGGCCAAGCUGGCAAAGAAAAUUCCCGAGGAGCGAGAAAAGUUUUUGGGUAUCAAAUGUCUUCACGGCGACAAGACGAUCGGCAGGAUCAGCGUUAAUAGCGUGAUUGGUGGAAUGCGAGGACUGCCAUUACUGUUUUGCGAGACCUCCAGCCUGGACAAGAACAAGGGCAUCUUCUACCGCGGAAUGCUACUGAAGGAUGUGUGUGCCAAGCUGCCGCGGGUGCGUAAGGGGACGCAGGAGGGCACUCCCGAAGGCUGUUUCUACCUACUGACUACGGGGCAGAUGCCCAAAAAGGAGGAGGCCGAGCAGGUCACCAGCGAGUGGGUGAAGCGUGGCAAUGUUCCGCGCUAUUGCCUACGGAUGAUUGACUCCCUGGACAAGCGGGUGCACCCAAUGGCGCAGCUGUGCGCCGCCUGCGCCUGCCUCAGUGCGCAAAGCAAGUUCGUGGAGGCGUACAACAAGGGGGCAAAGCGGGGGGUCUACUGGGAGUCCAUCUACGAGGACUCGAUGAACCUGUGCGCCAUGCUGCCCACCGUGGCGGCGGCCAUCUACAACAACGUCUUCAAGGACGGCGAGGGCACACGGGAGAUCAGCGAGGAGCAGGACUGGUCCGGCAACUACUGCCGCAUGCUUGGCCUGCCGGACGAGGCCUUCAUCGACCUGAUCCGACUCUAUAUGAUCCUGCAUGCGGACCACGAGAGUGGCAACGUCUCCGCCCACGCCUCCCACCUGGUUGGGUCGGCGCUCAGCGACCCCUUCCUCUCCUUCUCGGCCAGCAUGUGCGGCCUAGCGGGACCACUCCACGGCCUAGCCAACCAGGAGGUGCUCGUCUGGCUGACCAAGCUCCGAAAGGCCAUUGGCGACGAGCCCACGGACGACGAGCUGAAGAAGUUUAUCGACGACACGCUAAAAGGUGGCCAGGUUGUUCCUGGCUAUGGACAUGCCGUGCUGCGUGACACUGAUCCCAGGUUCAUUCUGCAAAACGAGUUUGCCAUGAAGCAUUGCAAGGAUGACGCGGGCGUGAAGCUAGUGACUCGUCUGUGGAAGAUCAUACCAGAGGUGCUCAAGAAGCUGAACAAGGUGGCCAAUCCCUAUCCAAAUGUAGACGCCCAUUCGGGCGUCCUUCUGCAGCACUAUUGCCUGAAGGAGCUUAACUAUUAUACGGUUCUAUUUGGCGUUUCCCGGGCGAUUGGAGUUCUGGCCCAGCUGAUUUGGUCUCGAGCCUUGGGAGCACCCAUCGAGAGGCCAAAGUCGUUUUCCUCGUCGGAAAUUUGCCGGUUUAUCAAGGAAGCAGACGAAAAGGACAAAAAGAAAAAGUGCUGAGGCAAUAGCUUGUAAAGCCAUGCUUGCUGACUAGAAAUCUACAGUCCUGUAUUUUUAUACUAGGUAGCUAAAUCAUGCCAACUACAACUGGAAUUAUUACAACGAU